UUCGUAGAUCUAGACGCGUUCUACUCGCUAAGUCCCCAGACCAAGAGUGUUCAAGGAGCUUACCGAAUGCUAAUGGGGAAGAGCGUGAUACCUCGAAGACGUGUUGCCGCUUUCGUCGCUCUGUCCAGUGUGUCACGCCUUCCCUUCACCGGUGGUCUGUUGGCUGAUGGAAUCGCUUCUUCUAUGACCAACAAAACAGUUUUACAGACAGCACUAUUCUCCAGUGACUAUUCCUCAGCUUCCUUGAGUGUCUUUCAUCUAAAAGAAUCCGUAGGCUCGACGCAAGAUGAAGCACGGGCAAUCUUGCACGCAAGGGACGCGUCCGAUCGAGAACGGUGCAUCGCUGUGAUCGCCGACGAGCAGACGCAAGGCCGAGGUACGCAGGGUCGCAAGUGGGAGGGCGGCAGCCGCAAAGGCAACCUGUACUUGACGAUUGGUAUUCCGUUCGACUCGAUCCGUUCCAAAAUUACUUUACUACCGUUGCAAAUUGCUGUCCUGAUUGCCCAGCGCGUCAAGCGUCUGUUGGAUGCAUGUCCAGAAGGAGAGGACGAUGGGGUUCGACGUCAAAUCGGGGCCAAAACGACAGUAAAGUGGCCGAACGAUGUCCUUGUUAACGAGAAGAAACUAGCCGGAACAUUGAUCGAAAACGAAUCUGUUGAUCAACGAACGUGGUUUCUCAUUGGCAUCGGCGUCAACGUCGCAUUUGCUCCCGGUCUUACAGAGUCUCCCGGAAAACAGAUCAGAGAGGCAACCUGCAUACAAGACUUUUGUCCAAGCACUUUGCCCGAAUCGACGGCACUCGCCCUUGGUACGGAUAUGGCCCGUGGCUUGGUGGAAUGGGCGCUGGAUACGGAAACCGAUCGUUUCGUCAAGGAGACGAAAGUCAUUGAAGAAUGGAAAGCCCUUUCAGAAUUUGGCAAAACUUACGAGUUGCGAGGGGAAGUGGUGGAUGAAAACAGUGGCACUUAUCAAGGCGAAGCGGUAACGUUGGUAGACAUCCAGGACGAUGGCCAAUUGCUGGUCCGUGGAGUGGAUGGUCGCGAGCGGCUUUUGAUAGCCGAUUACAUGUUUUGA